UUUGUUGAGUCCGGCGUCUCCGACGCCGGCGGCGGCGGCUGGGGUCCUUGGUCGCGGCGCCACCAUGGCGGUGCGACAGGCUCUGGGCCGGGGCCUGCAGCUGGGUCGGGCGCUGUUGCUGCGCUUCACGGCCAAGCCGGGCCCGGCCUACGGCUGGGGGCGGCCUGAGCGGCCGGGCCCCGCGGCGAGCUGGUGCCGCGGAGAGCGCCCGGGCCAGGCCGCGGGGCCCGGCGCGGAGCCGCGCAAGCUCGGGCUCGGGCUCCCCGAGCGCUACCGCUUCUUCCGCCAGUCGGUGGCCGGGCUGGCGGCGCGGCUCCAGCGGCAGUUCGUGGUGCGGGCCCGGGGCGGCUUAGGCCCUGGAGGCCGGGCCGUCUUUCUGGCCUUCGGGCUGGGGCUGGGCCUCAUCGAGGAGAAGCAGGCAGAGGGCAGGCGGGCAGCCUCGGCUUGUCAGGAGAUCCAGUCAAUUUUUACCCAGAAAAACAAGCUGCUGCCUGACCCAUUGGACACUGGACGGUCACAGGGCUUCCAGUUAGAGGAGUACCUGAUAGGGCGGCCCCUGGGCAAGGGCUGCAGUGCUGCUGUGUACGAAGCCACCAUGCCUGUGUUGCCCCGGAAGCUCGAGGUGGCAAAGAACCUAAGGCUUCUUCCAGGGAGGGGCCCAGAUACCAUUCCGCGGGACGAAGAGGAGGACCGGACCCCACGAGACUCUGUCUUUCCCUUAGCCAUCAAGAUGAUGUGGAACAUCUCGGCGGGGUCUUCCAGUGAAGCCAUCUUUAGCACCAUGAGCCAGGAGCUGGUCCCAGCUAGCAGAGUGGCCUUGGCGGGGGAGUAUGGAGCAGUCGCUUGCAGAAAACCCGAGAGAGGUCCCAAGCAACUGGCCCCUCACCCCAAUAUCAUCCGGGUCUUCCGCGCCUUCACCUCGUCUGUACCACUGCUGCCAGGAGCCCUGGCCGACUAUCCUGCUGUGCUGCCCCCAUGUCUUCAUCCCGAGGGCCUGGGCCACAGGCGGACACUUUUCCUCGUUAUGAAGAACUACCCUUGUACCCUGCGCCAGUACCUGCGGGUGAACACCCCAGGCCCCCGCCUCGCCACCAUGAUGACCUUGCAGCUCUUGGAAGGGGUGGACCAUCUGGUUCAACAGGGCGUUGCACACAGAGACUUAAAAUCUGACAACAUUCUCGUGGAGUUGGAUGCAGACGGCUGCCCCUGGUUGGUGAUCACAGAUUUUGGUUGCUGCCUGGCAGAUGAGCGCAUUGGCCUGCAGUUGCCUUUCACCAGCUUCUAUGUGGAUCGCGGUGGAAACGGCUGCCUGAUGGCUCCAGAGGUGUCCACAGCCUGCCCUGGCCCCAAGGCGGUGAUUGACUACAGCAAGGCUGAUGCCUGGGCAGUGGGAGCACUCGCCUACGAGAUCUUUGGGCUCCCCAAUCCCUUCUAUGGCCAGGGCAAGGCCCCCUUUGAAAGCCGCAGUUACCAAGAGGCUCAGCUGCCUGCGCUCCCCAUGUCAGUGCCUCUAGACAUGAGACAGCUGGUGAGGUCACUGCUCCAGCGGGACGUCAGCAAGAGACCAUCUGCCCGGGUAGCUGCUAAUGUGCUUCAUUUAAGCCUCUGGGGUGAACACACUCUAGCCCUGAAGAAUCUGAAACCAGACAAGAUGAUUGGCUGGCUCCUCCAACAAUCAGCUGCUACUCUGUUGGCCAACAGUCUUACUAAGAAGAGCUGUGUAGAAACAAAAAUGAAGAUGUUAUUUCUGGCCAACCUGGAGUUUGAAGCGCUGUGCCACGCAACCCUCCUCCUCUGCUCCUGGAGGGCAGCCCUGUGAUGACUCUGAUGUAGCUGGUCAGUUACUAAAAGAACUUGACAUCAUCUGUUGUCGUGAUGGUCUGUGAAUGCUGAGCGAGGGGGCUCAUAGGUGUGAGGGUGGGAGACAGGAGAAAAGAUGGUGCAGAGAGAGCUAGUCAACCAAAGAGAAGGCUCUGGUUUGGCAAGUGGAAGGAAGAACAUGAGUCCAAGUUCAGUCUGUAGCUACUCGCUUGCUAUAGCUGUGGGAUUUGGGGUGCGUCAUAUUAACCUGGGUGGACUAAAAUUCUCUUACCUGUAAAAUGAAGAAAAUGGUCUAGGUAGGAGUUGGCAAACUUCUUUUGUAGAGGGCCUGAGAUUAAAUACCCAGGCUGCGGCAGCUACUCGUCAUUGUGGCACAAAAGCAGUCUUAAGUGUGUGAGGGAGUAAGUGUGGCUGUGUGUCAAUCAAGCUUUAUUUAUAGAUACUGAAACUAAUUUCAUCUGUCAUGUGAUAUUCUUUUAGUGUUUUUCAACCAUUUAAAAAACUGAAAACCAUUUUUAGCUUGCAGGCCAGACAGGCCCACAGGCCACAGUUUGCCAAACCCUAGUCUAGAUGAAGGGCCUAACUCUAAAGAAAUGCUAACUAAUCACUAGGCCCUUUUUUGUGUGUGUAUCACUGCUAAAAAUAACGUGGUAAGUUCUCCAUGUAAAAUCCAAAGGAUUGAGUUCUCUGUGCCAAACGAGAUGUUAAGCUGGAGGGAGGGCUUUUUGAUAAGCAGUUAUGUCAUCCCAGCCCUCUGAACAGUUCCUAGCCGAGCCAGUUUGUUAGAUGAGGCUGGGCUGAGGGUUAGACCUGUGCUCCCCACCCUUUAGAGGAUCCAGGCCAAGGCAGUGGCUGUUAGUGGCAGGGCGACUAUGACAUGUGCUCCUAGCUCCAGGAACAGACUGGCUCACCGGAAGGCAGCAGCCAUGACGUCAGCCUGCCCGUUACCUGAGCUAAGGUAAACAUCCGCACAGGUCAGGAUAUUCAGGUACCCGGAUGAAUACACAGGAUGAAUACACAUCCACGUGAGGCCUGAGCAGCAGGGAGCCACUGCGCUGCAGGGACACAUUCUAGAGCACCUUUGAGGGCGUUUCUGAGGAAGUAUUUCUAGAGAGCUCUUCCAGCUACUGAACUGAGUCCAGCAGAGCUAAAAUGACAAAGGAAAUGGAAAUUAACAAUGUAGUGUUUUAAACUUGCUAAUUUCCCUUUUGACCAGCAUUUCGUAACGGAAAUUGUGAAAAAAUUAAAUGCACAUUGAAAACUGCAGA